AUGAGAGCCUUCAUUCCUUUGAACCGGGCCACAUUUGGACUUUUAUGGAGCUGCUUGAGUUUUCUACACUGCGUUCAUUGUGGUUUAGGCGACAACCAUGUGCAUUCUAGUUUUAUUUACAGGAGAUUGCGUAACCAUGAACGGAGAGAGAUUCAAAGAGAGAUUCUCUCUAUUUUGGGUUUACCACAUCGUCCAAGGCCCUUUUCUCCUGGAAAACAAGCAUCCUCAGCACCCCUGUUCAUGCUUGACCUGUACAAUGCCAUGACUACUGAGGAGGAAGAAGGAUUGGGAAUACAAGAGGUUACAGGGAAAGGUUUCAGCGGGAAGGCUCACGGAAACUCGCGUAAAGGUUACUACGGCUAUCCGCAGGGAUACACUCGUGUGGCGCAACCUUACCGCGCGGCCCCUCUGACGAGCCAAAGCCCUCCACUCACUACAUCUCACGACACCAACUUUCUCAACGAUGCUGAUAUGAUUAUGAGCUUUGUCAACUUAGGUAAGUAAGUGAAUUGACUUGAGAAAAGUUUCAAGCUGCCUGAUUUAUGCCAUGCGCUCCAGCACCAAAAAAAUCCAAAAUAUUGUGGCCACUAAUAAACCACAGUAUUUUAAGCCUUAGAAUUGUCACAUGACCUUCUCACUACUAAUAUAUAAAGGUUUAGAUUUGUUUAUAUAUUAUAUUAUUUUAUGUAUAUUGUCCAUGUACAAUUUCCUUCAGUGCUGGAAACAUACGCUUAGACCAUGUUUUUAUAUAUAAAAAAUACCAGAUAGAUUCGUCAAAAUGUAAAUUUAACAACCUUGAUUAUAUUAAAAUUAAUGAUUAUUUGUUUUUCUUCAAUUUGAUCUAAAUCAUUAGACUACAAUAAAAACCCUAAACAUGUUAAACAAAUGUUUCCACAGUAGCCUAUGUAAGCCUAUUCAUUUUGUUGCAGAAAAUGAUGAUAUUCAAUUACAUUUCCAAUUAAUAAAAGUUAUAGGCUAUCCCUAUAGUAGCAGGCCUUCAUUUCCCGUUUGUCACCUAUAGCAAGAACAGUGGCACACUGCUCACAAAUAUGUUUGCAAAUUCUCUUCAAAGGUCACAGUGCUGUUUGUCUGAAUGCUGCACAUUUCAUGAUACUGUUGUUGAUGUUUGAAGUCUUUUUCGUUUUCAAUAUCAGAUUCUAUUUCAGACUUUGAGAUGCCUGAUAUUAAUACAGGACCAUAUUUACACGUUAAAACAGCGGUAAAAGCACAAACAAUCCACAUUUUGAAGACCAUAUCCAUGCUCUUUGAAUAAGGUUUGAAUAAGCAAAAAAGCUGUUUGUAUGGACAUUCUUGAAAUUCUCAACUCUAAGGAGAUCUUAAAAUAUUAAACUGCAAUAUCAUCAUGUCAUACUUCCCCUAAAAUACAUGACUUUUCUCUUAAACCUUCAUAUUUGAUUUACCUAGGAAACAGGCCAUGUAUUUUGAAUAAAUAGAUGUUUAUCAAAAUACUUCAUAUGGAGUAUUUAUAUGUUUUGAAAUUGUCAACAUUUAUUGUAGCGUAAAGAAAGGCUUUCUGAUAAGAAUGAUUUGCACUAUGUUUCAUCAGUAGCUCUAACCUUUGACCCAGAAGUUCAUAAUAACUUAUCAGAUGACUGUCUGACCUUGGUUAAAUUGACCUUAAUUAUUUCCUGUUGUUAAAGAAAGGAAAGCGAUUGAGUGAGGCCUGCGCUUUUUCAGCACUUAUUCCUCAUGGCACUGGGUUUGGGCAGUUAUAUGUAAAAGCAGUAGCAUUGUUCAUUCGUCUUUGUGUCAUUUUUCAUUAAACAUUACGUCCCAAUGGAGAGUGAAAUAUAUAUUUAAGGGCUAGUACACCAGCAGUAAAAAACAAUAAAGUCUAAGAUCUGUUGUUAGGGAGCUAGUGAAAUGUUAUACUUGCUGACAUGUGCCAUUAUGAUAAACAGAAACGACAGUUACAGAGGACACAUCUUACAAAAAAGAGGCUUAUAAGAGAUAUAGCAUGAGCAUGUCAAAUAUAUGGGUGUGAAGGUGCCGUUUGAUUUAAAAUCCCUCACCUUGGUCAGUCCCAUCUGUUUCCAAUUAGAGCUGCAUGGCAUGUACACAGUCAGCCUUGAAAGCUCUGUGCUCUCAUUCUGGGGACAGUCAGUGGUAAAGUGUUCAAUGAAACUAUUUACACAAGUAUUACUACUACAGCAAUAAUUGACUUCACUACACUAAUGCUACCACUAACUCCUAUAAUACUAAUAGUGGUAGCAUAGAAGAAUGUUGUGAUUAUUAUUGAUUAUUAGAUCAUUUAUGUGAGGUAUUCAGAAAAAUGCAUAUUCACUCUUGUCGACAUUACGAUGAAAAAUUAUACAAAAGAUGUAUACUUUCUCUACUUCCUCUUCUUCCAAAUUGACAUCAAAAAUGAAUUCCAUAAACAAAGUUAAUUCACUAAAACUGUGGCAGACACUUUUUAGUGAGUCAAACCACCCUCCCAAUUAAUCUGCAGCUAUCUGACACUUGAAAUGCUUGAUAUACUCAACUUCACUUCUGCUUCACAUUACUACCCAUAGCUAAUCAUGGUGCAAGCCCAAUCUGUAACUGGCAGACCUGACCCCUGACCUGUGUGUGUUAAGCAACCACAGACUUUCACUGUAGAUAAACUAUCAGUGAAAUGGACUCACUGACUCUAUGAUUUCACUGGCUGUGCCAGAACACUAACACACCUCAACCCCAAUCCUUUUAUGCUGCUAUUUAGCAACAGUGUUGGAUGGUUAGCUGUCACUUUGUGUCUUCUUGACUGCAUAAUGGCAUGCCUUUGAUUGCAGACAGGGUUGAAAAUGCACUCUGCUUGUCUUUGCUCUUCUUUGUUUGUGUUUGUAUUGAUAAGUUCUGUAUAUUUUGUUAUGUGCACUUUUUAUAUUCAGUAUAAACUCAUUCAUCAUCAAACAAGUUAAAACAAAUUGGUCAGAGAAAGAUAAAUAUAGGUUUCACGGCCAAUGUAUUGUAUAGGAACAACAGGAGGUCAACAUUAGGUUGGCAAAUGAGGUCAAAGCAGUCACUCAAAUCUUGUCAAAAAAGGCUGUCUGGUCUCUUUUUGUCACGUUGAAGGGCAGACGAAAGUGUCUUUAAUUGAAAUCAGCCUGUUUUUCUUAACUGACAGCCCAUUCAUCAUGGGCAGAGAAUGCAGUUCUGCACACAGUGGAGGGCCUGUCUGGAAACUGCUACCUGUACUCACUUGACUGAUUAAAUGGACUGGAGAGUGCUUUUGUUGGAGUCAAAAUGUUUGGAUUGGCUUUUGGAAUGUGAAAACAUUUGAUAAAUUACCUUUUUUUUCAGUUAGGUAGGUUAAUGCUGGCUCACCACAUUCUGUCUGUGCAACACAUUUUGUAUCUAUUGUGGCUCAGGGAAGGUAUCUGUAAUAUUAGUCACUGAUCUGAAUAAGGUUUUUGCAUUGCCUCUCUAAAUAUUAUGCAGUUAUGCAAAUCCUCUAUUUAGUCCUCAUGGACCAGCCUGUCUUCUUUUUCAGUGGAGAAAGACAAAGAUUUCUCCCAUCAGCGAAGACACUUCAAGGAGUUCCGUUUCGACCUGACUCAGAUCCCGGAGGGAGAGGCGGUGACUGCUGCUGAGUUUCGGAUCUAUAAAGAUGGCAGUCAUGCCCGCUUUGAGAACGUUACCCUGAAGGUCACCAUCCACCAGGUCAUCAAGGAAUAUCAAAACAAGUAAGCACCAGCUGACCUUCAUUUCAACCCGCCAAAUCAUCCCAAUUAAAUUUUUUAUAUAUAAAGUACAUCAUCACCUUGUAAAUUCUUGUGAAAUUUGAUUUGAAAUGGGAUAGAAAUUCAGCCAUGGGCAUUUAAAGUCUCUCUGAAGGAACAUAAUAUAUUGAAGGUUACCUAUAGAAUAAGAUGACCUGUAUAUUCUUUAUGUUCCACAAGGUUGUUUUCUCUAAAACAGUACUAUAUACUGUAGAGUAUCCUUGACAUCCAGUUUUACACCUCUUUAGAAUGUCACUGUAAAUUUUGUCUAAAUCAAACUAUGUUAUGAACUUUGUAUGUAAUUGAUCAUUCUAUGGUUUAGAGUGGUGGAUUCCUCAAUCAAAAACCUAUACGAAGGGAAGGGAAAGCACAUCUUAUUCUGUUUAACUGAGAGGAACCAGUCAUCUCAAAUGUCCCCUAUUAUUGUUUAUAGGCAUCCUGAAUCCCUGUACAUAAAAGGUGCAGCCAUGUGAGUUUACAAACCAGUUUGCCUUGUUCUACCCUGGCCUUAUUGCCAGAUAGAGAACCACAAUGGUUGCUGAUUUGGGUUUUUAUGCGGGAUAUUUUGAGAAUGGAAGAACUCUUUAUCAUAUGUGAGAUGUAGUCUCUCAGUGAUAUGGCUGUAAAUGUAUUUUCAAAUUAAUGGAUGAAUAAAUCAAUUAAUGAUUUAAUUAAUUAAUUAUUUCAUCAAUACGUAAAUUAGCCAAUCAAUUAACCAAUCAAUCAACCAACCAAUCUACGAAUCACCAUAGCAUGAGAGGGAACCUAACACAUUGUGAAAUUGAACACAGUUUAAAGGGGCAGUCAGCAGUUGCUACAACCAUUUUUGGACUUAUAAAUUAAUUUUGUGUACCUAUUGAUUCUUGAAGAAUAUAACUUAUAAAUGCCUAAUGAGCUUAGUUCAAAUGUCAUAACCUAUCAGAACCCACAAUAUACAGUGAGGGAAAAAAGUAUUUGAUCCCCUGCUGAUUUUGUACAUUUGCCCACUGACAAAGAAAUGAUCAGUCUAUAAUUUUAAUGGUAGGUUUAUUUGAACGGUGCGAGACAGAAUAACAACAAAAAAAAUCCAGAAAAACGCAUGUCAAAAAUGUUAUAAAUUGAUUUGCAUUUUAAUGAGGGAAAUAAGUAUUUGACCCCUCUGCAAAACAUUACUUAGUACUUGGUGGCAAAACCCUUGUUGGCAAUCACAGAGGUCAGACGUUUCUUGUAGUUGGCCACCAGGUCUGCACACAUCUCAGGAGGGAUUUUGUCCCACUCCUCUUUGCAGAUCUUCUCCAAGUCAUUAAGGUUUCAAGGCUGAUGUUUGGCAACUUGAACCUUCAGCUCCCUCCACAGAUUUUCUAUGGGAUUAAGGUCUGGAGACUGGCUAGGCCACUCCAGGACCUUAAUGUGCUUCUUCUUGAGCCACUCCUUUGUUGCCUUGGCCGUGUGUUUUGGGUCAUUGUCAUACUGGAAUACCCAUCCACGACCCAUUUUCAAUGCCCUGGCUGAGGGAAGGAGGUUCUCACCCAAGAUUUGACUGUACAUGGCCCCGUCCAUCGUCCCUUUGAUGCGUUGAAGUUGUCCUGUCCCCUUAGCAGAAACCCCCACCCCCAAAGCAUAAUGUUUCCACCUCCAUGUUUGACGGUGGGGAUGGUGUUCUUCGGGUCAUAGGCAGCAUUCCUCCUCCUCCAAACACGGCGAGUUGAGUUGAUGCCAAAGAGCUCAGUUUUGGUCUCAUCUGACCACAACACUUUCACCCAGUUCUCCUCUGAAUCGUUCAGAUGUUCAUUGGCAAACUUCAGACGGGCAUGUAUAUGUGCUUUCUUGAGCAGGGGGACCUUGCGGGCACUGCAGGAUUUCAGUCCUUCACGGUGUAGUGUGUUACCAAUUGUUUUCUUGGUGACUAUGGUCCCAGCUGCCUUGAGAUCAUUCACAAGAUCCUCCCGUGUAGUUCUGGGCUGAUUCCUCACCAUUCUCAUGAUCAUUGCAACUCCACUAGGUGAGAUCUUGCAUGGAGCCCCAGGCCGAGGGACAUUGACAGUCUUUUGUGUUUCUUCCAUUUGCGAAUAAUCGCAACAACUGUUGUCACCUUCUCACCAAGCUGCUUGGCCAUGGUCUUGUAGCCCAUUCCAGCCUUGUGUAGGUAUACAAUCUUGUCCCAGACAUCCUUGGAGAGCUCUUUGGUCUUGGCCAUGGUGGAGAGUUUUGAAUCUGAUUGAUUGAUUGCUUCUGUGGAUAGGUGUCUUUUAUACAGGUAACAAGCUGAGAUUAGGAGCACUCCCUUUAAGAGUGUGCUCCUAAUCUCAGCUCUUUACCUGUAUAAAAGACACCUGGGAGCCAGAAAUCUUUCUGAUUGAGAGGAGGUCAAAUAGGAGGGAGCUGAAGGUUCGAGUUGCCAAACGUCAGCCUGGAAACCUUAAUGACUUGGAGAAGAUCUGCAAAGAGGAGUGGGACAAAAUCCCUCCUGAGAUGUGUGUAAACCUGGUGGCCAACUACAAGAAACGUCUGUACUCUGUGAUUGCCAAGAAGGGUUUUGCCACCAAGUACUAAGUCAUGUUUUGCAGAGGGGUCAAAUACUUAUUUCACUCAUUAAAAUGCAAAUCAAUUGAUAACAUUUUUGACAUGCGUUUUUUCUGGAUUUGUUUGUUGUUAUUCUGUCUCUCACUGUUCAAAUAAACCUACCAUUAAAAUUAUAGACUGAUCAUUUCUUUGUCAGUGGGCAAAUGUACUAAAUCAGCAGGGGAUCAAAUACUUUUUUCCCUCACUGUAAGCUUCUCUUAUUCUAAUGUCUGUAAACAAAGUAAAUGUAAACAAACAUAUAUAUAUAUAUAUAUAUAUAUAUAUAGCCUCAAAACAUGGUUAGAACUAUAAUUUUGAUAUCAUGGAUGUUCUUGCAUCCAUAGCUCUGUCUAUGAAUUUGAGAGUUCUCCAGCCCAUCCCUCAGCUUUUUACCGAAACAGAGGCGGAGAUACCGCUUUGUUAUUGUUUCUCCUUCUGAUUGCCACUUUUAAAAAAACAAUUAUUAUUAAUAUAAAAACAUUUUUUUGGGGGUGGGGGGUAGAUCAGCUUUAAUAUUGCAGAUAGAUUGUGGCUUCCAUCAAUGUAAUUGUCUGCAUAAUUUCCAAUCCCCCAUAUAUUUGUUUUGUGUAUAUAUAUAUUAAAAAUAUAUAUAUAUAUAUAUAUAUAUAUUCCUUUAUUAGUUUCCCCUAACCCUACCACCCCUCCCCCAAUUGGAGUAAACUAAUGGACAACAACACUUAGGCUUCUGCUUCCAGCUUAUUAUUUUACGGACACAUUAUAUUUUACAAUAGUAAUCUUUUGUUUGUUUUUAGUCCCAUCCUUCAGCUCCACUCUGAUUGCCACUUUAAAUUAGCUUCAAAUUUGAAAGUGGCUGUCUUUAGAUAACAUUGUCUAAAGUUGAGCAUCUGCCCUUGGGGACAUGCUUGUGUCAGCUUAAUCCUAGGGAGGCUUUCAAAUGUCCCUUUAAAACCUGCACGGUCUGGGAAACACUUGAGGCAGGCAAUUAGGCAUAAAAUAAAGGACAUCCUGUUUACACUAGCACAUCAUGGAAGUUUGGAAGGACUUUAUACUGAUUAAUGUGCUUAUUUCAAGUGUCUUCAAGAAGGCCAUUUGUCUCCUUUGAAUUAUCAAAUCAUGAUCUGAUAUGCACAUUUUGGCGAUAGAUUGAUAUUGCAGAGAACGAAGUGGCACAAAGUAAGCAGAAAUGCCACAAAAUGGAAGCUUGUCACAAAUAUAUUAUAAUUUAGAAGCUUAACUAUACUUUUGUGUUAUCUUAACUUUGAUUCCAAAUGGGGGAGAAAAUCUAGAAGUUUCUAGAUAUUCUGCCCUAUUUACAUUUACAUUUACAUUUUAGUCAUUUAGCAGACACUUUUUAUUAACUAAAAACAUCCAUUGUGCUGUUUAUCUUAUAUGUCUUCUAUGGAAAUCAGAGUGGUAGCUGUGGUAAACACAGUCAGUAGCCUACACAGCUUGGUGUAUGAUGAAACAAUCCUUUAAAAUGAAACAAACAAGAAAGGAGGCAAUAAGGCUGUAUACAGGCAGCCCAAAUCUGAUAUUUUGCCCAAUUAUUGACAAAAGAUCAGAAUUGGGCUGCCUGUGUAAACAGACUCAGCAACAUGGUUAGGCAUACAUUCUGGUCCAAAUAUGUUUUUCCUUUGAUUAAGACCAAACAUACCUUUUUACUUUAUUUGCAUUUGGGCAUGAAUAAUAUGUUUUCAAUAAGAUAUUGAAACUUUGGAACAAACGUUUGCACAUGUUAACUAAAUAAAUCGAUUUCAACAAUGAAUUCUACAGUUUAUCUUUGCCUGGUCUACAAGUGUUCUAUAUUCAGUGCUUGACUUGGGCAGGAGCUCACCGGAGCUGAGUACCGGCACCUAAAAUGUUAUAUUGCUUGGGCUCCUGUUCCUCUUAUAGAAUAUUAGCUCAAAAGUAUUGUGGAGCUCCUGCACCAAAAUAUAAACAGUACCGACACCCAAAAUGAGUACCGGAACCUAUUUCACUCCAAGUCAAGCACUGUCUAUAUUGCUCUCCUUUCAUCUGACUGACUAUUUGUGAACCUCAUCCUUGUAUCUCCAACCUUGUUCCGCCUCAUUCUCACCACACCAGGCCCUUACAAAUAUAGUCCACGGAUAAAGCUUUUCCAUUAGCAAGUUCACCACUUGUGAAGCCUCGGAAGUCCAUCAGUUAUCACUCCUCCUGGUCUAUGUGUUGCCUGUCAGGCGGCUUGUUGCAUCCCAGUUCAGUAGAAGCCAUGUGGGCCCAUUAGGGGCUGCCUAGGGGGUUCCCAUGGUAACCCUCAUGCCCACCUGCUUCUCUUAACAAUGUUCCGGAAGUUGGAAGCCGUGACAUAGCUGAACACACAGGGGUCUACUUAAAGCAGGGCCCACAUUCACUGGCCAAAUAUGUGUGCGGGUGAUUGAAGGGGAGAUAUGACCCUCUUGGGCUUUUCUGGAGGUCCUAGUCAUUGAACUCUCCCAUCUGAAGCCCCAGGCCACAGCCAUCGCGUUCUCUUUUAUGGCUCACCGAGGUCUGGAGCCAUCACACAUUUAGCUCCUCAGCUCCUAACUGUGACUUUUCGGCUUGAUAAACAUUAUUCAGAGUUUCACAGUUCAGCACCCUUUUCUCUGCUCCUCCCCCAAGGAGCUAUCAUUAAGCUGGUGUUGAACUGCUCAGCAGCUCAGCCAAAUAUGAUUUAAAAUGGGUGGUAGAGUAAAGACAAAUGUGUUACUUAAAUGUUUUUUUCACUGCUUGGCAAUUAUGGCCUUGAGUACGUGACUGGUUGAUUAAUAUCCAACUUAUCCAUAUUUUGUGCGGUUGUGAAAACAGAUUGUCUCUAAUCCGGCUAAAGAGUCACUAGGCACUCCUUUGAGAGAGGAGUAUUUUUCAGAGGAAUUUACUUCAAAAUAUGGGGCUCAAAGGAUAGAGCACAUGGAACAACACAUUUAAAUAGUAAGAUACAUUUUUGUCAAAGGAUGUUUUUGGCUCAGAUCUAAGAGAGAACGCUGGAAUAAAUUGCAUCCUGUAGUGAUUAUUCAAUGAUACUUUGUUUGUGUAAUGAUUUCCAAUAUGGCAGGUCAGGGCCUCAUUAAUUGUUUGACUGCUUCCAAGUCUAAACGACCCAGAGGAAGCAUGUGUUCUCUCUUUGUGUGGCCCAUGCAAGUUUUAACAACAUUAAAGUGGAUAAACAGGAAUUUCAUGAUUAGUUCCAGAGCUGAAAGAGGAGAGUAAGAUCCAUCAAUUAUAUCACCCCUGUGUUAAAUAUUUUUUAUCCAGUAAAUCAAAGUUUACUCAUAGUAAUGUAUGUGCAUUGCCAUGUGUCAAGUUAUCACAUGCAUUCACCUGUUAUUUUUUAUCGAUUUUAUAUACUUUUUUUCCUUAACAGGGAUGCAGAGACAUUCUUGUUGGAUUCCAAAAAGAUCAAGGCCUCUGAUGGGGGCUGGCUGGUCUUUGACAUCACAGCCACCAGUAACCACUGGGUGCUGAACCCACUGCAGAACAUGGGUCUGCAGCUCUCUGUGGAGACUUUGGAUGGUAAGGGAAGCAGUAUUUUUAAUCCGCCUUUGUUGUUGCAGGGAAUUAAAUAUAGAAAAGCAAUUAACCUCUACGGGAUCGGUGUCCCAUAUAUGGGAUGGUUGAGCUAACGUGCGCUAAUGUGAUUAGCAUGACUGUUGUAAGAGCAAACUUUCCAGGACAUAGACAUGUCUUAUAUGGGCAGAAAGCUUAAAUUAUUGUUAACCUAACUGCACUGUCCAAUUUACAGUAGCUAUUACAGUGAGAAAAUACCAUGCUAUUGUUUGAGGAGAGUGCACAACAACAACAAAUGUAUCACGGCAACUGGUUUGAUACAUUCACCUCUGAAGGUAAAUCAUGUACUUAUAUUCAGUAAUCUUGCUCUGAUUUGUCAUCCUGAGGGUCCCAGAGAUAAAAUGUAGCAUAGUUUUGUUUGAUAAAAUCCAUUUUUAUAUUAAAAUGUAGGAACUGGGUUCUAUAGUUUGAACCUCUGCUGUCUCUGGCACCACACCCACCCGGCCCGGCCAUCUAGAUGUGUGAAAGUUAGUGUAUAAGCUAAUGAUCCAUCAUGUAUGACAUUUCCUGGGAGUGUGUAAACUUACAUUUUGUAUUACCAUAUCAUUUUUGUAUGUUCUGUAUAGUUAUGUACUUGAAAAUGUAUCAAUUGACCAAUUUGGCACAUUUGGGCAGACUUGACACAAAAUAGUCCAGUAUUGCAAUGCUUCACUGGAUCAAUCUGAAACUUUGCACACACACUAAACUCUAAAUUGCGCCUAAACUGCAAUAUUAUAUUGUGGCCUUUCUCUUGCAUUUCAAAGAUGAUGAAAAAAAAAAAAAUAGAAACGCAUGUUAUUUUGUUUGUAUUAUCUUUUACCAGAUCUAAUGUGUAAUAUUCUCCUACAUUAAUUUAACAUUUCCACAAACGUCAAAGUGUUUCCUUUCAAAUGGAGUAUGAAAAAUGUAUGCACUCACUAACGAUUGUGGAAAUUUGGGUAUGUCAUUUUAGGCGAAAAUUGAAAAAAAGAGUCUGAUCCUUAAGAGGUUAAACAUUGUAGUUACCUCAGGCUUCAAAAGUAGUUUGCCUUGAAAUGAUUUUAGUCAUUCAGUAGACACUCUUAUCCAGAUAAGGAACAACCAACCUUGGUCAAGCCAGGAAUUGACUUUGCAUACAGAUUGGAAAGAGCAAUAUCCAUCAAAACAAUGUAGGCCAGGGCUGUUCAAUGUCAGUCCUGGAGGGCCGAAAAACAUCUGGCCAAAUCUGCUGUGAGCUGCCAACUGUAGCCAGUGAAAGUGCUGAGAAAUGGGGUGACAUUCUGGAUAAACUGUCAUUAUACUAGAUGAGCGGCACAGCUCUGAUGGCACGAGCGGGGAGCCAGACUAGGAGAGAGUUGCAGUAAUCCAAGCAAGAUGAUGAGUGACUGGUCUAGGAGCUGUAUUUAAUAGCUUGUGAGGAAUGAGUAGAUAUUCACUGAUACCUUAGAGUAGGGUUCCCCAAUAGGCGGCCUGUGUGCCAAAUUCUGCCCGUGGGUGAUUUUAGACUGUAAAAUCACCAGGAAAUUAGGUCAAAGUGAUGUUAAUUUAGGAAAUCUGUUCCCAAGUAUUCCAACGCAUAAAUAGAGGCAUAUGUGAUCGUAUUCCAAUGUAAUCAAGGUUUGAAAUUAUUCUGUUUUUGUCAAAUACUAUAUAUUUUUGGGAUUCUUGCGGUCAAUUUGCAGUGUACAAAUUAUUGAUAUGUUCCGGCCCCUGACCAGCCGCUCAAGGAAAAAUCUGCACACGGCUGAAUGUAAUUGGGGACCCCUGCUUUAGAGGCAGUCUCUACCGGACAGAGUCAUUGAUGUUCUCUGUGAAAGACAGAGAAAGCUGGUCUUCAAGGUCACACCCAGGUUCUUUGCCGUCUUGGAGGGAGACACAGCUGUCCAUAGAGGAGAGGUCAGGUCUGUGUUGUCAAGGUUUGAGGUUGAGAUGUUGAUGUUUACCAGACAUGAAGAGAUACAUACCAUAUCAUAACCUGUGUGUCAGACGAGAGAAGGACAGACAGCGCUGUGUGCCCUAUGCAUAGCAAAGGUAGGAUAAGCCCUGUGAAAAGAAAACAGAGCCCAGUGACUGACUGGGAGAUCAACAGUGGAAGGAGAACUGAGCCCAGGGGAACACCUGUUGCUUGGCUUCAUGGUGAGGACAGAACCUUUUCAUGUCACGUAGUAGGAGUGAUCAUCCUGAGAUGCCCAUCCCUCAUAGAGGUGGGGCUUCAGAGCAGGAUCUGAUAUUUCACGUGUCAAAAGCAACUGAGGAUAGAGAGCUUAUACGAUGAAGGCAGUUUUAGUUAAUUUGUUCUUUUUUUAAAGAAUAAUGUUCAUGUUACAACGUUUGUUUGGAAAAUAAUGCAUGCUCACUAUCAUAAAUUGAGCCAUAAUCACUGCAUCUAAGAUUGGAGAAACAUCAAAUGUUUUUCAUUUUUUUCAUUUGGUAGAAGUUUUUUGUGUGUGUGGGGAAAUGAGGAAAACAGUUCAAAACCCAAAGGAGUACCUGACUGUUUUAACAAUUAUGACAAGAAUACUAUGAAGACGGAUAUUUGGUAUCUUCUUUAAAACCACAAGACAUUGAUGAAAUGUUCUUUGGGAUGAUCUAUGAAUUAGAGACAUUAGCUUAGGUUAAAUUAUGAAUGGAAUAGCGGUCAUAUAGCAGUUGUACAAUAUCAUACAAAUUGGUGACGUAUAGUAUCAUACGUCUUACCCGGUCAUAACAUAUAAUACGAAUUGGAAAACAGAAAUUAUCAUACGUCUUUGCUCAUAUCAACAAUGCAAGCUUACAUUAAUAUAUUAUACUGACACCAUUUUACCCAAUUUUGGCUUGUGCAAUUGCUCCCCUAUAUCGUAUCUAAUUAUGCUUCUGUUUGCUGCUAUUCACAUUGCUUGUUGUUUUAAAAGGACGGAGUAUAAACAUGAAGUCUGCUGGCAUCGUUGGAAGGAAUGGGCCACAAUCCAAACAGCCAUUCCUAGUGUCAUUCUUCAAGGCCAGUGAAGUGUUGCUGCGCUCUGUCAGGGCCGCUGGUGGAAAGAGAAAGAAUCACAAUCGCAACAAAUCAGGUGGUCAACAGGAAUCAUCACGGGCACCCAAAACUGGAGGUGGGCUUAUUAAACUACACUCUCAGAAAAAAAAGUACAGAAUUGUACUUAAAGGGGUACAAACGCUUGCCACUGUAGUGGUACCCUGUAAGGUACGUCCAUUGUACCAUUAGUUAUAGGUAAAUAAUUGUACCCUUGCAGUUUGUACCUUAAAAGAGCCAAAAGGUAGCAUUUGCCUUUUUAGGGUACCACCACAGUGACAAAGCCGUUUGUUCCUUUUAAGUGGCAAAAAUGUACUUGUUUUCUAUAACAAGGCCCUCACGUGUACACGUCUCUCCACCCACCUCUGACACAAUUGUAGCUAAUUCAGGGGGUAGCCUGACCAGGACUCAAACAUGAAUCCAGCAACUGUCAAGCCAACACCUUAACCAUUACACCACGAGGUCCGUACCACUUGACAAGGUCACUCAGUGUAGGGUUAAUAUUAAUUACAGCUCCUUUAAUAAUAUAAUAAUAAUAAUAAUAAUAUGCCAUUUAGCAGACGCUUUUAUCCAAAGCGACUUACAGUCAUGCGUGCAUACAUUUUUGUGUAUGGGUGGUCCCGGGGAUCGAACCCACUACCUUGGCGUUACAAGCGCCGUGCUCUACCAGUUGAGCUACAGAGGACCUUUAUUGUCACAUGCUCAUAUGUAAGCCUUUAUAAAGACUUCAGAACUGGCAGCAGACACACUCAAACUUUAAUUAACAUAACCAUAGACCACUUAAACUGGUACAGCACUUCCACUCACAGGUGGCCCAAAAUAACUAUCUGAAAGCCACGACCCCAAUAAGCCACACCUCCAAUGAUUGUACUUUUAUAUUCAAAAUAUUGGGUACAAAAAUGUAGCAUUAUCUGCACAUGUACCCUAAAAAGUGCCGAACAGUACCAUGUGAGAUCAAAUGUGUACCUCUGAAGGUACAUUAUGUGUAUUUUGAUAUUUUGUACCACAGGAAACAAUACUGUACCUUAACUGUAUCCUUGUUUUCUGAGAGUGAACCAUAAUUGACAUUGUUUUGGGUUUGGACUGGAGUAAGUUGGCAAUUUAACUUCAGAUAAUGAAACUCCUUACAGUCCCAUUUGUUAUUCCCUGUUAGUGCAUUAAAACAGUAUGUUACACACUCCAGGAUGUUAUGUCUACUCAAGCAGCCUCUUGUUGCCAAGGAGCCUUGUUUUGGCUGCAUGCUGUUCCAAUUCAUGGAUCAAACGUCUUAAUAAUCAACUGCAGUAUACAUGUAGCUCCGGGAUGGGCAACUCCAGUCCUCAGGGGCCCGAUUGGUGUCACGCUUUUGCCACAGCCAACACACCUGACUCCAAUAUUCAACUUAUCAUGAUCUUCAGUUUAGAAUGCAAUUAGUUUAAUCAGCUGUGUUUUCUAGGGAUGGGGGAAAUGUGUGACACCACUUCAGCCCCGAGGACUGAAGCUGCCCAUCCCUGAUGUAGAUCGAUAUAAAAGAGAUACAUUUUCAAAAUAGUAAACCUACCUGCCUAAUCUAUGACCUCUUUCAGCUCCUCAUGAAGAUGGCACAUGGAUAUGAAUAUGUACUAAUACAACUACUCUAGCUAAACUACACACAACAUCCACAAUGACCAUCUUAAUUAAUUAUUUUAAUUUGGUUGUAAUUGCAUAGAAGUCUUUGUGCACUUGCUUCAGCUUGGCAUCUGUUUUUAACUGAUGUGGUUCAGAGCAUUAGGGAUACCCAGUCAACACCCAUUCAGUGGCCACAUGAAUGUAAUAACCAUAAAUGAGUUGGUGCUGCCAUUUGCUGUUAACAGUUUGUUAAUAUUUCAUGAAUAAUUGAUUUGGUGUACAUUUCCUAUUGUCCAAAAAUAAUUGUACUGUGGGCAAACAAUAUACCACAGUGCUCACAUGUGCUCAAUGAAAGAAAAACCCCAUGUCUUCUGUAUACAACUACAGUAUAUAAUAGCCUAAUGAUAAACUUGCAGACUUGAGAGAUUAAUUAAUUAUUUGUUGUUUUCAGAUCAUAACACCAGUGAGCAAAAACAAGCCUGCAAGAAGCAUGAACUUUACGUCAGCUUCCGAGACUUAGGAUGGCAGGUAGGAAAGAUGGAACACUAUUUGAACCAUAUUAUAUCUACUCUACAUAAGCAUGGUCAUAACAUGUGUGUUACAAAUAUGUGUGUGUAAAAAGCACCUCUUUUAGUUUCAACCAUGGUAUUAAAUGCAGUAGACAAGAAACAGACAGACAAUAUGACAGACUUAAGAAAACACAUCAAGUGUCAAUGAAGUGUCUUCAAUAUUUAAAGAGGAGCACUUUGAGGCUUAUUUUGUAUUUUCUUUAUUCUAUUUGAAGGACUGGAUUAUUGCACCGGAAGGCUAUGCUGCUUUUUACUGCGAUGGGGAAUGUUCCUUUCCACUCAAUGCACAUAUGAAUGCGACAAAUCACGCCAUUGUGCAAACCCUGGUAUGUGCAAACCCUCACAAGUUGCUUAUUUCCCAUGAAUUCAUAUUGAAUUGCUUUACCAAUAUGGUAAUAAUUAAUUCCACACCAUAUGGAUUUUCUGAGCUGCUCAAACUGCAGCUUUGAUGCUAUCUGGGUCAUUUCACCAAUUCAGUGCCUUUUGAGAAGGGUAACUUGUUAAAAAUUUAAAAAUAAAUUGAUUUCACCUAAUUUGAAUAUUCUGUCAUAAAGAGUUCAACUUAAUAAAAAACAAGUUUAACAAGUUUUACCAGCUCAAGAGGUGAAAAAAGUAAAUUACUAUAGUAAGUGCCAAUUAAGUACCAAAUAAAGUAACAGGGUUGACCGUAACAGGGUUGACUUUGUUAAAGCCACAUAAUAACUAGGGCUUUACAACGAUGGUGAAAACCUGGAGACAUUUUGGGGUUAAGUGGGUUAAAAUCUUCCUAGAAGUCACAGAGGGUGCACGGAGAGACAUGUCAAAAUGCAGAAUGUUGGCACUUAAGCAAGUCUUCAUUAAAGGGCACUUCAUUUAAUAUAACAGAAUUUUUAAAAUCAAUAUUGGUGCACAAUUUCUACUUAAAAUAUCAAAAGGGAUGCAAAAGGCACUAUUUCCACGGGAAUUACCCAUCUCCUUUGUAUACUCAGUCCUUUCUAUUUGCUUCCACAGGUCCAUCUGAUGUUCCCUGACAAUGUGCCAAAGCCAUGUUGUGCACCGACCAAGCUGAACGCUAUAUCUGUGCUUUACUUUGAUGACAGCUCAAAUGUCAUCCUCAAGAAAUACAGAAACAUGGUUGUUAGGUCAUGUGGUUGCCAUUAA